UUCCUUUUUAUUCUGUUUCUGAUGGUCAGCAGGUGUCCAUCUUUUUCAAGCGCUUACUCCUUCCAUUUUUGAAUUUCCAUCAGUCACAGAGUGACGACAUCGUCUUCAGCGUUUUUCCCCACCACUUCCUAUGUUGAUGUCUCCGCUUUUUUCUUGAUUCCUUGAUUUCAUCGACACCCAUUUGUUUUUGUUUCGUAUUCGAUGAUUUUUAUUCUCCGCACGCUCAAAGGCUCUGUAUUGUUUUCAGUUGGUGGUGGGCGACGUAGUUUGGGGCUUUUUUCUUUGUGUUUGGUUUGGGAUGGCUUCGCUGGCGGCUUCGGUUCGUUGCUCUCAGUUUUCUUCUCUGGGCUUGAAUGCGAAGAGAAUUUCGCGUAAUUAUGGACUGCCCAGGACUCCAUCACUUGUUUCUGCGAGACCCUUCUCGGCGCUGCCAGACAUUCGAGUGUCUGCGGCUCCGGUUCAAUUCUCCGGCAAUGCUUUGAAAUUUGCUGGUUGGGAUCCUCUGCUGAGGCGGCAAGGUGGCGCCGGAGUAAAACUUCCUGUUCCGGCGGCUGCAGCUGCGGAUGCCGAUGGCGUUACAAAGCCAUCAAAGAGCUUUGCAGAGAAAUUCCCCGUCCUGGUCACCGGAUUCUUUUUCUUCAUGUGGUACUUCUUGAAUGUAAUUUUCAACAUACUUAACAAGAAGGUUUAUAAUUAUUUCCCAUAUCCAUACUUUGUUUCUCUUAUACAUCUCCUUGUGGGCGUGGCCUACUGUCUUGUCAGUUGGGCUGUUGGUUUACCAAAACGAGCUCCGAUGGAUAAGGAGCUCCUGCUGCUCCUCACUCCUGUUGCAUUCUGCCAUGCCCUUGGACAUGUUAUGUCUAAUGUGUCAUUUGCAGCGGUGGCUGUGUCAUUUACCCACACUAUCAAAGCCCUGGAGCCAUUUUUCAAUGCUGCUGCUUCUCAGUUUGUUUUAGGCCAUCAAAUUCCCUUUUCCCUGUGGCUGUCAUUGGCCCCUGUUGUUAUUGGCGUAUCAAUGGCAUCUCUGACUGAACUUUCUUUUAACUGGACUGGCUUCAUUAGUGCAAUGAUUUCAAACAUUGCAUUUACCUACAGAAGUAUAUAUUCAAAGAAAGCAAUGACGGGAAUGGACAGCACAAAUGUUUAUGCAUACACUUCAAUAAUCGCCCUCCUGUUUUGCAUCCCACCGGCAGUACUCAUUGAGGGGCCUCAGCUGAUGCAGUAUGGUUUCAGGGAUGCAAUUGCUAAAGUCGGUCUAACCAAAUUUUUGUCUGAUCUAUUUUGGAUUGGAAUGUUUUACCAUCUGUACAAUCAGCUUGCUACCAACACCUUGGAACGGGUUGCGCCGCUUACACAUGCAGUUGGAAAUGUGUUGAAGCGAGUUUUUGUCAUUGGAUUCUCCAUUGUUAUAUUCGGGAACAAAAUCUCUAGGCAGACUGGGAUUGGAACUGCAGUAGCCAUUGCUGGUGUUGCCAUUUACUCCCUCAUUAAGGCAAACAUUGAAGAGCAAAAACGGAAAGCUGCUGUAACUCCAGCAACAUAGAGCUAUCGAAUCUAUCUACCCACACUCUGCAGAGCUUUGUAUAUUACUGAGGAUAAUAAAGGGGUUCUAAAAAAUAGAUUGAAUUAAUGGAUCCCCAGAAUCAUACUUGUUCAAAUUCAGAGAGACAGACUCCUGAGGUGGUGGGUGGUUUUUCAUAAAAGCUAUCAGAAACAGAGAAAUGGUGCUUUCCAAGCAUUUGGAUUCAGUUUGUUUGACCAUUAGGUUUGCUUCAUUAAAUGAAUGGUUUCUUUCUCCCUACAGUAAGCUGGUGAAAACUUAUGGAUUAGAAAGGAAGUUAGUAGAUAAGUACGGACAAUAUUCCUUGUAGUGAAAGCUCCUGCUUUGGAUUUA